AUGCCGGUGCAAAAGCCGCAGCCAAAGAGCUUGAAUUCCUCUCUAAGCGCGCCUGCAAUCGGAAAGAAUGAGAGCAUGAAUAUGCGUUCGACCACGGGCUCCUUGCCAACAAUCCCGUCCGUGGCAUUGUACGCCACGCCGUCCUACAGCUCGCUGUAUUCAGAACCGGAGGAUCUAGAACCAGGUCCUGGCACCUACGAGAUACCGCAUACCUUCGGACGUCAGCAGCUGUCGCAUCGCUUCUCCGAGCCAUCCGCGCCAUUGAUUGCGAAGCACGGCAAGGCGUGGUCAAAGACGAUGAUCACCAAGGACCACCUGAUGGCCAUGAUGGCACGUGACUCCCCAGCACCAGGCACUUACAUGCCACGAUUAGGAAACUCAGAAGCUCGAGUUCGAUUCGGCACCGGGCAGAGGGCUGAGCUGUGCGACACCCACUUUCGUGCGCCUGGUCCUGUCUACGAAGUUCGUGGGUCCCCUGACAAUCCGCCGCACCACAUCCGGUUUACGAAGGCGAAUCGCUUUGCCGCGGAUGAUAGAAGUCUGGCAGAUUCCCUGGGCUCGACUGGCCCUGGGCAGUACGAGGUGAAGGGUUGCAUCGAUCCAACGCGACAAGCAAGGUCGUUUGGUGCUUCACACCGGGCAUACGACAAAGUAAGGUUCCCAGGAUCCGAAAAAGAGGGGCAGGGGCGCUCGUCUCCUGGCCCCGGCCCUCCUCUGCCGUCAAGGUCCGGCAAAACAGUGUCAUUUUCAAGGGCUCAGCGCCUGCCGGGAGAGCGGGGUGACCGAGCUCCGGGCCCAGGCGCCUAUGAAGUCCACGACAAGCCUAAUCCAGACAUGAAGACACAGAGUGUUUUCUCGUUUGGCAGACCCAGUGCUCGCAGCCGCAUGGAUUUCCGCACCAUGAAGAUGCUGCAGAGUAGUUCUCUUUGGGGGAUUAACUGA